AUGAUCUUGCCGCAACCGCUGGAGCGGGCCUCCCCAGGUCUCGCCUUGCGAGCCACCUCAGGGGUGACGCGGGACCUGAACUCCAGCUCCCUUCCAUAGAGCUGUGCCCAUAAGCACCAAGUGCACCUGGAGGAGGAGCAGGAGCUCUUGCACAAGCAGUUCCUGUCUGAGGAGAACAUGGCCACCCACUUCUCCCGACUCAGCCUACAUAAUGACCACCCCUACUGCAGCACCCCCAUAACUUUCCCCUCUGCCCUGCCCCCACUCAGGAGCCCCUGCUCAGAGUUGCUUCUCUGGCGAUACCCUGGAAGCCUGAUCCCAGAAGCCCUACGGCUGCUGAGGCUAGGGGAUACCCCCAGCCCCCUCAUAGCUGCAACCCCAGCUGGGGAUAUAAUCAAGCUCUGAACAUUGGUGGACAAUGAUUCUCCCCACCUUCUUGCCUGCUACAAGACUAACAACCUCAGCCGCGCAUGGUGGUGCACACGCCUGUAAGCCCAGCACUGGGAAGGCUGAGGCAGGAGGAUCACUGCAAGUUUGAGGUCAGCCUGGGCUACCAUUUGAGUUCAAAGCCAGCCUGAACUUGCAUAAUGAUACUCUGACUCAGGACCAGGGAUAUGUAUGGUUCAUCAGUGUAGCCCCUGCCUGGCAAGUGAGGGUCCUGAGUUUGAUUCCCUGGCACCAACAAAACAAAAAGACAAAAGGGAAAAAUAAAAAUAAAAAUA